GAUCGUUAUUGGGUUGUGUUGAGUUGUGUUGAGUUGUGUUGAGUUGCAUUUUUGCAUUCGCGUCGCCUUGUGCUCUUCAAUCUAUCGGUCUUUGUUGUAUAUUACUGAAUCAGUCAAUCAAAUCAUCGUUCUCGCAUAGCCAGGCUCAGCUUCGCCUACUGAGGUCACUGCGUCACUUCACAUCUUUAAAGAUAACCUUAAGAGAGUCCCUGUUUGCGUGGUGGGCAUUGCAAACAUCACGACAUUCAACCGUCGACAUUAAUUCCUUUUUCGAUUAGAGAAUACUACCAGGGUUUCGCGCUCGAUCGCUUGAAAAUUCUACAUACCACUCCCGUCCCGUUAUAUCCCAUCCACGUUCAAGAAUAUCGACUGUCGUCGUACAACACAGCUAAUGCUACCACCACCGGGCUUGGAGCCCACAUCAACAUCAACGCUCCUCAACGAUGUCUCUCCCACUUCCAUUAUUUCCUCUGCGAUAGCAACUUCUUCAGCGUUGCUACUCGAUCUCGUAAACCCAGCAUCUACUACCGCCUCAAUAAUCGCCACCGCAACAGAUGAAGAUUCUCCAGAUUCAGACAAUGGAGAAUGCCAACUUCUAGGGAAUUUUGCGAUAUUGGUUCAGGGCUCGCUAGGUCUGUUGGCUGUGAUGGCAUUGGUAUACAAAAGAUGGAGAGAAAGACCCCAGAGACCGAUGAAAAUUUGGUUCUUUGAUGUUUCGAAACAGGUGGUUGGAAGUGUGCUGGUUCAUAUCGCAAACUUGUUGAUGAGCAUGUUAUCGAGUGGACAAUUCAGUAUUAAAGUCGACGCCAGCAAUGUUUCGAGGAGAGCGGUGGAUGAGUCUGGGCAAUAUAAGCCAAAUCCUUGCAGCUUUUAUUUACUGAACUUGGCUAUUGAUACAACCAUCGGCAUUCCGAUACUCAUAUUCCUCCUUCGAAUACUUACCUCGCUUUUCAUUAUGACACCCUUUGGCAAUCCUCCCGAGUCGAUCGAAUCAGGCAAUUAUGGCCGCCCACCAAAAGCAUUCUGGUGGUUCAAACAAUCUAUAAUUUAUUUCAUCGGCUUGAUGGGUAUGAAACUAUGCGUACUUAUUAUCUUUCUUGUCCUUCCCUGGAUUUCACGAAUCGGAGACUGGGCACUGAGAUGGACGGAAGGUGAUGAGGCAUUACAAGUGAUAUUCGUCAUGUUGAUCUUCCCAGUCAUCAUGAAUGCAACUCAAUAUUACAUCAUCGAUUCAUUCAUCAAGAAUCAAAAGCCUGACCAUGAGCUUAUACCAGACGAGGAUAGCGAUAGUGAUCUUGAGGGAAGAGACGGGCGUUAUGCUGAUCCGAGCGGAAGCAGCGAUGGAAUUCAGUCUGAAGGAGAGGAAGAUGAUGAAGUUUUGGCAAAAGCUCAUAAAAAUACUGGACCAGAAACACCAAGAAGCAAACGUGCGGGUUUAAGGUCGGGAAACAAAGACUAUGAUCCUCUAUAUGAUGGCGAGAGUAGUCCAACGGUAGUGGGAAGUACAAGUUCGAGACCAGGGGAUGAUAGUGAUAGCACUACGAAGAAGUAAAUUACCCCCCGCCAUUUUGGGUAAAGGAAACGGAUGCAAUUGUUAAUACAAGGGAUUAGUAUAUGACUUUUGAGUACAUACUUGGGCAGAGUACAUUAUGCAAGGUGUUUGUGGAGUUUAGCACAUGGGAUUUUCGUUGUCGGUCAUACAUAGACACACAUCAUAUUGGUCGGAAGGGUUUUGGUAUGGAUGAAUUGGCGUCUUCACGGCAUGUCAUACAAUUGAUUUGUGAAUUUGGCUAGGUGUAGUCCUGCAUGGGGCUGUGAAUGAAAAAAUUGUUUCCACUUUUACA